UGCGAAAGGUCGCGAUCCAACGAAAACCAUCGCCGCAUGGAGUAUGCGUCGCUAACCGACCACGACGACACUAGCCACAAGUGCAAUGUCCUCUUCGCCGUGCUUGGGUUUGCGUAUUUAUUUCCAUUCUGGGCACUCGUCCAACCCGUCGACUAUUGGCACGAGCUGUUUCCGACAUUCAACGUCGAGUUCAACAUUUCGUUGGCGUACACCGUCACCAGUGUCGCGACGCUGGCGUGGGUCGUGUUUAUCAGCGGCGUUCGCGGCCACAACCUUCGCAUUGUCGGGGGAUUGCUGACGCAAGUGGUAGUGCUGGCUGUCCUACCCUUGGCGUCCUUGCUGCAAUCCCCCACAGCCCGCCACGUCAUGGUGCUCACGUCGACAGCUGCGAUCGCCGUGGCCACAGCCGUUCUCGACAGUUCGGUGUUUGGGCUAGCCGCUUUGUUUCCCAAAGGAGCGAUCGAGUACGUCCAGUUCGGCAUGGGCGUCUCGGGCCUCGUCACCGUCGUUUUCCGAGUCGUGUCGAAAGCCUGCUUCCCCCCAACCAUGCUCACGGUGGCGACUACCGCCUACUUUCUCGCCGGUGCCGUCGCCGUCGGGUCUGCCGUCGUAGCGUAUUUCGUACUAAUCAACUUACCGCGCACUCAACAUUAUCUCCGCGCAGCCAGCACCCAACACGUGGACUGGUCGUUACUGAGCAAGGUCUGGAGAAACGAAGCCCUGGUCGUGGUCAACUACGCCACCACACUCGCCGUCUACCCCGGUAUUGUGUCUGGCCUCUAUAGCAUCCAAUACCCGUCACUCAACGCCAACGAAUGGUGGCCCUUGAUUCUACUCACGCUGUACGCGGCCUUUGAAGUCGUCGGGCGGUAUGGGGCAGCGUGGAGCCACUGUGGCGUCACCCCCGACACAGUGUGGCGCCCCGUGGUGGCGCGACUGGCGCUGAUUCCGGCUCUGGUGUGCACCGCCCAACAUGUGUGGCAUGACGUUAUCUCGGUGGCGCUGGUCACUACCCUCGCCCUCUCCAACGGCUACGUCGGCACGUUGGCCGUGGUGGUGGUCAACGACUGCGUCGACAAACCCGAACGCGCCGCCGCUGGCAUGAUCUCCAGCCUCUGCAUCAACAUAGGGCUUAUUGUGGGGGCGGCAAUUGCCUUUUGCCUGGCCUUGCUCUUUCACCUGUGACCCCCCCCCCUCCGUCAGUACUUUGUACUACGAAGUACUACGUAGUACCUGGUACUACAAUAGUAACAAUCAUACUACUACGAAGUAGUAAUACAUACUUAACGUUGUACGAGGCUAGCAGGAAAAGCAACCAAUGAAUGCUACUGGCGUACUAUUAAUAGAACAUAUCAUUGUACAGCCA